CAGGAGGAGGAGGGGCAGCUUGCGUGUAGCUGCUCCACCCUCACUUUGUCAGCAGGUAGAGAGCGUGAUUGCACUCCCAGGGGAGGGAGUCAGAGCUAGAACACCAAUUACCAACCACAGGCUUCCUGGUGUAGGGAGCUGAUCCAGAAUUGUCGUUCUGGAAAGGAAGCGCUGAAUCCUUCCUUCUUCUCAACUUCCCAAGCCCAUCCAUGAUUCAGAGAUACCGCCUUCUCUGGGAUUUGUGUGUGUGUGUGUGUGUGUGUGUGUGUGUGUGUGUUUCUGGUAGUGAAUUGUUGUAUUUACUACUUUGUUGUCUUUCAAGAGCUGAUUUAAUAUUCUGUGCAGAGGCGGCGGGGGGAAAGGACUUUUGCUAGAUUUCAGAGAUUAUUUUGGAUCUUCUGUAAGCAUUUCCAGAGUUCUUGAGGACAGUGGCUCUCUUCCUGGAAUGAGUUUCUGCCUUUGACCUGCGUGGAUUGCUUUGUCGGGCUUCGGAAUUUCUGCGUACCUACCUGUAGUGCGGACACUUGGUCUGAUUGCCGAGUGAGAAGGUGAAGAGUGAGCCGCUCUGGGUUAAGCGGCUCAGAUCUUUUUUUAAAGCAGGAUUUAUAAAAGCAUAAUUGAAUUUGUUUCACCCCCCCGUGGAUUCCAGUGGGCCCGACAGCACAACAGGUUUGCAGAUUUCUUUUGAAAUUCUUUUUUGUUUUCUCCCUCCCUCUGUUUCAGCAAAGUAAGGAAUCUAUAGCAGGCUCGUGCUCAGUUGCUGGGCUUUUCAGCACUUCUGAAGACUUGGUAGGAUUUUUAAAUGUGGCCUCAGAAGGCAGUAGGCUUUGUGAGUAAAGUGCAUUUAUAGUUCCUUAAUAGUGCACAUUUUAAAAAUCUGAUGUUUAUACAAGAAUCUGAAGUUUCACAGGAGCCUAGAAAAACCCCAAUCUCCUCUACUCUGUUGAUUCCCCCUUCAGUUUAGAGCCUAUGACUGGCCACCCCCCCUCUGUGUUUUAUUCCCCAUCCCCACCCCCUCAAGGAAUUUGAAAACGUGUUAGAAAUAGUUCUUUGUUUUUCUUCUGAAUCUGGAAGAUUACAGAUUCUAAGGUCUUGAUAUUAGUCUCCUCGGCAUGUUAAGGAAAGUCAAAGUGCUUGAUAUUCUCAGACUGGAGAAUAAAAUCUCGAAUCCAUACGCAAGAAAGGAAACAGAAAUAUGAAUUUUAACUGGGAAAAUACCUGGAAAGCUAACCUCAUCGAGGAUCUCAAUAUGGAAGUUGGGAGAGAUUUUGGUAUUCAGGUUUAUUCUGUUGUAUGUCAAAGAUAUAUGGAUCUGUGCCUAAUUUUACAGGCACUUUUGGUGGAACACAAAAAAAUAUAAUACACUGAAGAUCUUAAAAAGUAUAUAAAUUCAGUAGGCCUAGCACUCUGGGCUAUGCUGAAACUCAAUCUAGCAUGGACGUUUUAAUGAAUUCCUGCUGUAGCAACCUUAUGCAUCCCUCCAGGUGUGGCCUGAUUAAUUUCCACUCUUCUCCUAUUAAAAAGGAACCCUGUCACAGCCUUUAGUCUCUAAGAUUGACAGUUUCUGGCUGUAAGGGGCCAUCGCUCAUCUUCUGGGCUGGAGUCUUCACUGUCAGCUGCGGUCGGUGCACUGCCCUUGGCUUUUGUUCAUCAACACUGGGUUUAGUGCCUCGGAAAUCUGAUACAUAUGGGAGACCAACAGCAAGUGAUCGGACACAAAACCAAUUCGUGUUGGAUCUAAAGCACAUUUGGAAAUCUCAACGGGCAGUGGUGGUGUUUCUGUGUCCACAGUGACGAUGGGAGAAAAUGACAUACCUGCCCCAGAAGUGGGCUGAAAAAAUCCCUCUCCUCCUCCCUAUCUGGAAUGUCACCGGUGCUUGGGAAGACUCUGUAGAGAAUUGUGACCUGGCUUUCUGAAACUGAAGCACAGCCUCUUUCCCCUCCAUUCUCUGGAUCUGAGAACCUGCGUCUGGGAUUAGCUAGUGGAAGCAGUAUGCAUGGCCGAAGAGCACGGAUGCAGCUGGUAGCAUGAGUGCUGGCCAGCAGCUGCAGCUGGCUGCCCUCUGGCCCUGGCUGCUGAUGGCUACGCUGCACGCAGGCUUUGGACGCACAGGCCUGGUGCUGGCAGCAGCGGUGGAGUCUGAAAGAUCAGCAGAGCAGAAAGCUAUUAUCAGAGUGAUCCCCUUGAAAGUGGACCCCACGGGAAAACUGAACCUCACUCUGGAAGGUGUGUUUGCCGGUGUUGCAGAAGUAACUCCAGCAGAAGGGAAAUUAAUGCAGUCCCACCCGCUGUACCUGUGUAAUGCCAGUGAUGAUGACAACCUGGAGCCUGGAUUCAUCAGCAUCGUCAAGCUGGAGAGUCCUCGACGGGCCCCGCGCCCCUGCCUGUCACUGGCCAGUAAGGCCCGAAUGGCUGGCGAGCGGGGAGCCAGUGCAGUGCUCUUUGACAUCACCGAGGACCGAUCAGCUGCUGAGCAGCUGCAGCAGCCCCUGGGGCUGACUUGGCCAGUGGUGCUGAUCUGGGGUAAUGAUGCCCAGAAGCUGAUGGAGUUUGUGUACAAGAAUCGGAAGGCCCAUGUGAGGAUCGAGCUGAAGGAGCCCCCAGCCUGGCCAGACUAUGAUGUGUGGAUCCUCCUGACUGUGGUGGGCACCAUCUUUGUCAUCAUCCUGGCUUCAGUGCUGCGCAUCAGGUGUCGCCCCCGCCACAGCAGACCGGACCCUCUUCAGCAACGGACAGCCUGGGCCAUCAGCCAACUGGCUACCAGGAGGUACCAAGCCAGCUGUAGGCGGGCUCGAGCUGAGUGGCCAGACUCAGGGAGUAGCUGCGGCUCGGCCCCCAUAUGUGCCAUCUGCCUGGAGGAGUUCUCAGAGGGGCAGGAGCUCCGGGUCAUUUCCUGCCUCCAUGAGUUCCAUCGUACCUGUGUGGACCCUUGGCUGUACCAGCAUCGGACUUGCCCGCUCUGCAUGUUCAACAUCGUAGAGGGAGAUUCAUUUUCCCAGGCCCUGGGAGCCUCUCCAUCUUACCAGGAACCAGGCAGGAGACUCCACCUUAUUCGCCAGCAUCCUGGUCAUGCCCACUAUCAUCUCCCCUCUGCCUACCUGCUGGGCCCUUCCAGGAAUUCAGUGAACAGGCCCCCAAGACCUAGACCCUUCCUACCCUCCCAGGAGCCGAGUAUGGGCUCUCGGCAUCAACGGCUCCCUAGGGCUUCACACCUCCGGGCACCAGAAGAACAACAACACCUGGCAGUACCUCAGCACCCCUACGCACCACGGGGCUGGGGGCUGAGCCACCUCCGAUGCGCUGCUCAGCACCCCACAGGAUGCCCAGUGGCCCUACGCCGGGCCAGGCCUCAUGACAGCAGCGGGUCUGGAGAAAGUUACUGUACAGAACGCAGCGGCUACUUGGCAGACGGGCCAGCCAGUGACUCCAGCUCUGGGCCCUGUCAUGGCUCUUCCAGUGACUCGGUGGUCAACUGCACCGACAUCAGUCUGCAGGGCAUCCAUGGCAGCAGCUCUACCUUCCGCAGCUCCCUGAGCAGUGACUUCGACCCCUUGGUAUACUGCAGCCCUGAGGCGGAUCUCCAAGGGAAAGGAACGCAACCUCGACCCCGUUCCCUGGACUCGGUGGUGCCCACAGGGGAGACUCGGGUUUCCAUCCACUAUCACCGCCACCGCCACCACCACUACAAAAAGCGGUUCCAGUGGCAUGGCAGGAAGCCCGGCCCAGAAACUGGGGUCACUCAGCCCAGGCCUACUGCUUCUCAGACUCAGCUGGAGCCAUCUUUGUUGGAGAAGAAGUUCACCACACCCAACCCAUCAGCUUCUUCAAUGUUCCCCAACACACAACGGCCCAGGUCCCUUACAGAGCCAGCUCCUGGCCUAGCAGAAGCUGCCAGCCCCAGCCCCAGCCCCAGCCCCAGCCCCAACCCCAACAGUCCUUUGAACUUGCAGAAAUCCAGCCUCCCUGUCCGACACCCACAGAGAAAACGGCGGGGUGGCCCCUCAGAACCCUUGCCAACCUCUCGGCCUCAGGCCUUGACUGUGCACCCGGCAUGCCAGGUUUUUCCCCACUAUAGCCCCAGCCUAGCAUACCCGUGGCCCCCAGAGACUCGUCCAUUGAUCUUCAGACCUCCAGGCCUGGAUAGGAGGCUGUUACAUGAAGCUCGGGGCCCCUGUUACUCAAGUUCACAGCCAGUGUGGUUGUAUCUGCCCCCUCGCCGGCCUCUGGGACCAUGCUCUCCUGGAGAGGGGCAUUCCGAGUGGAGUUCUGACACGCCAGAGGGCAGACCAUGCCCUUACCCACACUGCCAGGUGCUACCAGGCCAGCCUGGCUCGGAGGAGGAGCUCGAGGAGCUGUGUGAACAGGCUGUGUGAUGUGAGGUGAUCAGACGUAGCUCCAACCAAGAGUGUGCUCCAGAUGACUCAGGGCUCUACCCGGCACAGGGUUCUGCUUCUCCUAGGAAGCAAGCAUCUCUGUUUGCCACACUUCCUGGGACCACUGGAAGAAGAGUGGUGAUGGUGGGUGGCGGGGAGGUGCUGUUUCCUGCCGCCAGCUCCCGGUCUCGUCUGUAGAACACACACACCCACUGGGCAGAAAGUCUUGUGUCCAGCCAGACCACCAGCCACUAUGCAAUUGUGGGUGGGUCCCUAAAGGCUGAGUUGUUGACAGGAAGCUAGGGUGAAUGUCUAGGUGCUGCUCUUUCCCCAAGCCCAGACGGGCCCCCUGCUGGGUCCCCUUCGCCCCUGACUUCAGGUUCACACAAGUCUGUGGGUUCAGCUGAGUUCAUGACCGUUUCAGGGCUUUAUGGAGGCUAUUUCAGCUCCAUCAUUUUCCUUCUUCACAAAAGAACAAGGAGAUGAGGUGAGCCCCGUCCCUAGGGAGGUCUCUGCACCUUCUCUAGCCGGUGCCUGCCCUGGUGCUCAGGGAGGAGCUGUUCUUCCUCCCUGUUCUUAAACUGAUCUUAAGUUGCAAGCUUCGGGAGCCAGGGUGCAGGUUUGGUUCCAGAGGUGGGGACUUGGACAAACCUGGGAUGAAUCUUUUGAUUAUCAAACUCCUUGUCACUCCAGCAACUCCAGUUCAUCUGAGAGAGAACAGGACUAGAGAGAAUAACUCCUCCUUGAAGCUCUCCUGUCUCUAAAAUCCCACAGCAGGCAGAAAGGAAUCUCCACUGAACUUCAUCUGGGGAAGAUGAAACGAAGGCAGGGAGAGCUAAGGUAGAGCUGAGCGAGGACAGAAUUCUUCUCGGGGAGCUUCUCAGAGCAAAGUUGGAGAAAAACAAGUGACCUCAAGGGUUUGCAGGGCCCAGAGGCCCCCUUCCCCCUAUAAGCCAUACAAACCAACAACCCAACAGAAGGUGUGCACCUGGAAUUGGAGCAACAAGUUGACCUGGGCCACUUGUACCAAGUGGGCAAGGGCUGAGGGGCCUCCUGCAGCUCUUCCUCCCAGGGCCUCCUGAACACUGUUAGCCCCUCAGGCACUGUCCUUGCCUGGAAUGUGAAUGUGGGGGCAAAAAGGGCACGGGAACCUUCUCUCCUCAAAGUCAGUGGGGAGACUGGCACCCAGGCACCCACAUGGGUAUUUAUAUCUGAACCAGACAGAAAGAUGCUUGAAUCAGGCACUAUGUUGAGAAAUGUAUUUAUUUGCUAAUAUAUUUAUCCAUAAAUCUGA